AUGACAGAUCCAAGCGCAAUACAGACCGGCCUUAGACCGCAGCUAAACCACGUGGCCACGAAUGCCUCUUCGCCGAGUCAUAGGAGCAUUCGUAGACUUGACAGUGGUCUAAACCAUUUUGCAGAACUUGUUCAGAGUAUCAGUAAUCAAGAUAUAGAAGCCAGGUAUAAAGUAGAAGAGGGAGACAACAGAGUGCCGACGGACGAUACGCCAGACCCGAGUCAAUUCCAAGGUUCCGAAGGAAGAACGAUCAUAUCAUGGGAGGUCAACGACAAAGAAAACCCUUACAAUUGGUCUCUAGGGCGGAAGACCUUCAUUGUUACAUCGUCAAUGGCUACUGUUGCCAAUAGCACCUUGGGCAGUUCUCUACCAAGUAUGGCCAUCCCUUAUAUGACAAAAGAAUGGGGAGUUACUACUCAAGCACAAUUUGUCCUUCCAAUAUCCACGUAUCUCCUGGGUUAUGUAUUUGGGCCGAUUUUCUGGGGGCCGUUAAGCGAACAUCUUGGACGCCGAAAUAUCUCUACAGGAUGCUUCAUAAUGUACGUAAUCUGGACUCUCGCCUGUGCCCUCGCUCCCAACUGGCCAGCGAUGCUUGUAUUUCGAUUUUUCGUAGGAGCAUGUGCCAGCGCGCCGAUCGCAGUAGUCAGUGGAAUUCUGGCGGACUUAUUUAAUGAUCCAGUCACACGUGGUCGAGCUAUGGCAUGCUUCAUGGCCAUGACCGCCUUAGGACCCCUAUUAGCUCCGAUCAUAUCCGGUUUCUGCUCGACAAGUAUUGGUUGGCGAUGGACUUUCUGGAUUGGCCUUAUUAUUGCGGGAGUAACGUUAAUAAUGGCAUUCUUCCUCCCCGAGACUUAUGCACCGGUUCUCCUCAGCCAAAGGGCAGCAAAAAUCCGAAAGGCAAACCCUAAAGCCCAGGUUUACUCCGCUUCAGAACUUGAGCCACAUGACUUUAAACAGUUGUUCACCAGGGUCCUAACACGGCCCAUCCGUAUGAUAUUAACCGAACUUAUUGUGUUAGCAACGUGUCUCUAUCUUUCAUUAGUCUACACAAUCUUCUACAUGUCAUUUCAAGCGUUCCCAAUUAUAUUCCAGAAUGUCUAUGGUCUAUCUCCGGGAGUCACUGGCUUAUGUUACCUGCCCGUUGGUGUCGGCGCACUUCUUGCCGUUCCUAUAUUCUUCGGGUAUGACCGUAUAAUUCUUAACGCCAAAGCCCGUGGUACCCCAUGGUCAAAGAUAGAGGAGUAUCGUCGGGUCCCGCUUGCAUGCCUGGGAGGCCCCUUAUUUGCCAUAUCCUUAUUCUGGCUUGGAUGGUCAUCACAACCAAAUGUGUCGUUUGUUGUGCCAAUGCUAGCCGGCAUUCCUUUUGGCGGAGGUUAUAUGUUAAUAUUCAUGGCACUGCUGAACUACCUCACAGAUGCUUAUGAGAUCUUCGCAGCGAGUGCCAAUGCGGCUGCUAGUUCUUGCCGUUCUGUAUUCGCGGUUGUUCUUCCACUCGCGACAACCCCUAUGUUCGCACGGUUAGGAGUUAGUGGGGCCUGUAGUUUACUCGGGGGGUUGAGUCUACUCAUGUCUAUUAUACCUUUCAUCUUUAUCUGGAAGGGUGAGGAUAUUCGAGCAAGAUCCAAAUUCUGUAUCGCACUGAAAGAACGAAAGCUUGAGAUGGAGCAGAAGAAUAAGGAGGAGAGGGAGAAGAAGGCCAGGGUUGUUGGUAAUAACGGUACUGCAGAUGAUAAGGAGAUUGAAGUCUAA